AUGUCAUCCGAUCUAGAUCGUCAAAUAGCGCAACUCUCACGUUGCGAACCGAUCUCCGAAGCUCAAGUGCGAAGUUUGUGUUUGAAAGCGAGGGAGAUCUUGGUAGAGGAGGCCAAUGUGCAGCAUGUGGAUGCGCCCGUCACCAUCUGUGGAGAUAUACAUGGACAAUUUUGGGACCUUGUGGAGCUUUUCAGGGUGGGCGGACCGUGUCCUCAGACGCAGUACUUGUUCAUGGGCGACUUUGUAGAUCGAGGAUUCUACAGCGUAGAGACUUUUCUCCUCUUGCUGGCAUACAAGGUGCGCUAUCCAGAUCGCAUCACCCUGAUUCGCGGCAAUCACGAAUCGCGACAGAUCACGCAAGUGUACGGAUUCUACGACGAGUGCACGAGAAAGUAUGGCAGCGCAAAUGUGUGGAGGUACUGCUGCGAAGUGUUCGAUUACUUGGCGUUGGGCGCGGUGGUGGAUGGGAGGGUGUUUUGCGUGCAUGGUGGAUUGAGCCCGAAUUUAAAGACGAUCGAUGAGAUUCGAUCCAUCGAUCGGAAACAAGAGGUGCCGCACGAUGGACUCAUGUGCGACUUGCUAUGGUCCGAUCCGGAUGACAUUCAAGGAUGGGGCAUCUCGCCUCGCGGGGCAGGUUUCCUGUUCGGAGCGGACAUUGCCACGCAAUUUGCCCACACGAACGGUCUGGAUCUGAUAGCGCGGGCGCACCAGCUGGUCUUGGAGGGCUACAAGCUCAUGUUUGAUAACACCAUCGUCACCGUAUGGUCCGCACCCAAUUAUUGCUACAGGUGCGGAAAUAUCGCUAGCAUACUCAAAUUGGACCAGGCGCUCAAUUCAAAGUACGAGACUUUUGAUGCGGCUGCUCAAGAGUGA